AAAUAGUUAUGAUAUGAAUUCUGUACAGUUUGAGCCAAAUGUCAUAGAGAGAGAAGAUACUCGGAAAUUCGAUCUCCGUCAGUCUUCCACGCAAUCUACACUUGACAACACAGAAAAAAUCCGAAAUUGGAUCAAUGAAAAAAGCAUCAAAGGAAUUCAGGAGAGAGCUGAUAGCGAUCUGAUCCGAACCAGGAACGUCUACGACCCUCUCCUGGAAACUGAAAACACUUUUGUCAAGGAUAUUAACAAUUUUCUGAGUCACCGUAAACUGACUCAGCAGCGCAAGAAGGAGAUUCUGCACAAGAAAUGGAACGACAGAGUGUAUGAACCAAUGGUUGAUCAGAUAGAACAGAUCAUGGGUGGUAGCUACUACCCCGACUUGAGGGAGGUGCGACUGAAGGAGUUCGACAACUACCUCCAGCACAGAAACCAACUGGGCCACGUGUUUCUGGAGACGUUUGAUGUUGAGCAGUACGAUCCAAUGAAAGUGGUCACUUUUGACAAAACCUACGACAAGAACAAAGUUCGAUAUGACAGAAGUGUGGACCCUCUAGUCUCGCAACAGACCUUCCGCAAAAAUGAGGAGGACACCAUAAUGCGAUGCGAAACAGGUCACGUGGUUAGUGGCCAUGAUGGCGAAGUUGAGCAGAAGGAGGUGUUGGUGCCCCAGGGUAGACAGGGGGUGGGAUCGAGGGAGUGGAUCAAAUUCCCCGAGCGAGACAUUGACAGCAAAGUGCGCUUCGAGUCAAGAAAGAGAAUGCGCGGGCUCAUGUUGAAUGGAGAAUUCGAUCACAGACAGUGGCAAGCACUCGAAGACACAGUCCUCUCCUCUGAUUGGGUGUCGGAAAAGAGUGACCAGUACGACAACAACAAGAAUAGACACAAACAACUGGCAGCUAAAAACUGAGUCGAAAUAUCACUGCUAGGUUACUAGCAGCUAGCAAAUCGUGUUCUACUUAGUAGUCGAGACAAAAAUUACGCUGAAAUGUAGAUGCUGUAUAGAUUACUUGAGCUAAGAUCAAUUAGAAGGAGAUUCGGAUUACAAUAAUUAAGUAUUUUUUGGCCCAAAUAAAAAACUUUUAACCUUGUUCGGUAAAAGUGGUCAUUUUUUGAUGUAUCACGUGUUGUUGUCAUCCGAUUUGAAUGUCAAUAAAAUUGUCAUAGGAUUACGUUGACAUCUUUUCGCCAAUUUUUGAGGCUCUUCCAAAUUGUUGCAAAUAUUUUCUGGUUAGAGACGUUUGCAUUAAGCUGGCCUUACAUUGCGAAAUAUUUUUAUUUCAAAAUUAUAUCAUUGCCAUUAGUGAGUUGUAUGUAAAAUGAAACAACAGUCUAAAAUUUAGCUUCAUGAGUCCUAAUAAGUAUGUGAAUGUGUAAAAAAUGUUAAUAUGUACAAUGUUUAUUUGCGAAUUUCAUUUGUUCUGCGAAUCA